AUGCCGUUGCAGUUGACAUUUCUCAACACUAGUGAUGCCCCUGGUUUAGGGGUGGUGGAGACGAAGCAGAUGAGAGCUCACAUCACCAAGACAAAUUUUGCCAGGCGAAGACAGAGGCUUGCCAAGGAAAGACGGCAAAAGAACCUCCAAGAGAUCCAUGAAAGGGACCUGGUAGCUCAGCCGGAGAAGCCCAUGUCUGGCAAUGAAGCCACCCCCCAAGUACCGACAGCACCCUCCUUGGACCCCGGCUCCGACAUGCUAUUGUCAACACGCUCUAGAGACCCCCAUAAUUCGAUUAGCUACUUGCUCUAUGAGUUCCGACCCAUCGUCUUCCCGGCUGGCUACGGCUACCCCGGUUCCGAGAGGGAGACGGUCUGGGUCGAUCAACUACUUGCCGAGCCCGCUCUCAUCGAGGCGUCCAUGGCUAUUGGCCUCAAGUACACACCCAGGCAUAGAAGCCCAUGGACGUCCCGAGAAGCCGAUAUACGAAAGUGUAUGGCUAUUAGCAUGAUCAACAAACGACUCGACACUGCCGCUAGCUUGUCGGACGGCAUGCUCGGGGCUGUGUUCACGUUGGCUUUUGCAGAGCGGCUUGCAAGUGAUGAAAGAGCUUUGGACGUGCAUAUCCAGGGUUUGGCUCAGAUGAUCAGACUGAGACGGGCAGCGGGAAUUACUCGAGUUCCAUCAUGGUUCUCCGACUUUCUCAUCUACGACUCGAUCGGUCAAGCAAUCACGUCCACCAACGGCUCCCACGAAAAGCUUAUGCAAGCCCUGCGGAACGAGGAUAACCCAACGUCCCUAGACGUUUCCAGAAUAACCAGCGGCAUAUUACAGCUCCGCAAAUCACUUGAUGAGUUUAACGCAACCAAAGUUCCGUCGAAAAACGAAAUUCUCAACAUUGAACAUCAAGUUGACUGCCUGCAGCUUGAAGUGGAGGUUGUGUUGGGAAGUGAUGACCAUUACAUCCGCACUUUGCGCUUUGCCCUGCAACUCUUUUUGUUGCUUUCUUGGUUAUCGAGGCCUGACACGGAUUUUGGUGUUCUUGCCGAGGAACUGAGACGGUCUCUAGCACAGCCUCAUAUCAGAUUGUGUUCCUCGGUCGAGCCAACUAUCUGGCAGUUUUUUGUUGGGGCUGUUGCAGCGGAAAAGUCGGUGGAGACUCGAACGUGGUACAUUGACAGAUUGCAGAGGGUUUUUGACUCGAUGCAAGUGACGAAAUGGACUGAAGUGGUUCAGCUUCUUGAUAGGACAUUCAUGCCCGACAUGGGGCUAUUGGAGAGAUUCAAGCUCGUGUGGCAGGAAAUCGGUUACGUAGGACAGAGGAAAUAUUGCCUUCGGGCCCUAAUUUUUAUGGGCGCUGCUGCCAUUCUCUUCUCCGAAACAAUGGCUUUAGAAUACGUCCUUCAAGCCGUCGACCCGGCCACUCUUUACAAUAACAGGGUCACCAUCUGGGACUCGAUCCCGCACCUGGAUGUCUGGAUCCACCAAACAGAAUUCGAUCCUCCUACUGUGAGAGUCGAGGUAACAAACGAAAAUAACCACAUCAUUACCUUUUCCAAAUGGAACUCGCCUCUAGACCCCGAGGCAAUUCAAAAGAAGAUCCUUCAGGUCAACCGCCAGCUCGACUGGCCUCUCACCGAUCUUCCCAUCUACGGCCUACGACCAAACUUCACCAGCCCAUGCGAGGUACAGAACAAGGAAAAGGCCGAGGACCUGGUGGAACUCCCACCUGGGUUCGCAAUCCAGCAAGACCACGUGUUCGAUAAAGAGUCGGGCUGGGAUCUCUCAAAGCGCCACAGGGCAGGAAGACUUCGCAAAUCAGCUCUGCAGAUGGUUGGGAUGUGGCGUGGUGUGUGGAACAUGACCAAGGAGGAGGUGCUUGAGCUGCCAGCACGUGAAGAUGAAUAUUCAGAGUGUCCUUGGUUUACUUCCAACUUCGUCCUACCGCGAUUUUGA